CGCUCCAAAGCAUUUGUAGCGUCAAGUGGACCGCAACCUUAUUAUUUCUGUUGUACAGAAUCGCUUUAUGUUAAUAUUACGCCGUUUUCAGAUGACCGACACCCUCAAGGAGGAAAUGAGACGUUACAGGUCUCUGGCGGUCAAAGUGGAGGAGAACCUGAGGGAUAGACGGCUCGUUAAACGCGUCAUUCGAGAUAAAUACGUGCAGGCUGACAUAACAGAGCCAGUAGAUGAAAUAAGGAGUAUCAGAUACAGUUCGGACAGCGACGUGUCCAGCCGUGACGUCGCUACCAGCAUCGACACCAACAACAGCGACUCGCAUUCCAAAACGACCAUUGUCAAGCCGCAAGAUGCUGGCGAAACUGGAGAUGAUCACGAUAUCCAGUCCCCCAUAUCGGACGUACAGCAUUCGCAAUUUCAAGUUUGUUUAACGAACAACACUGUUAACGAUUCAAAACCUAUAGCUGCUGUGACUGAUCAUAAUAAAUGUAUCGAUGCUAUAGAGGUGGCGACGCCAGACGAAGAUGUGACGUUAGCAGAGAGUUGGAAGCCCGAGGUACCCAGAACGCUGGACAUAGUUCCCAUAACGUUAAGUAACGAUGAGGAAGAUACCUCUUCUUCCAUAGGGGUUUCCAAAGAAACUGAAGAUCCACCUAAAUUGUCACGUCAAGGUUCUUACGUAUUGGAUACACCCAGUCCCAUGUUGCUCGCUCACAUGCAUACAGAAUUAUCUGACGAAAACUACGUUCCCACACGUACCACUGAUGUAUCGCAACGAAAACAGUGGAACAUUGCGCAGCCUAAGGUGGAGUGGGAAAAUAAACAAUUUGUGGCAGAAGGUGUUGAAGCUUUAAGUAAAUCAGAAGGUACAGCAAAAAAAUCAACUCUUCAGCAUAGAGAAUCCGAUAGUUCGACAGAAUCACGUCAAGAAAUCAAAUCUACUAGUUCUACUAAAGGGAUAAUCGUUGAAAAUGCGUGUAGAUCGGACGCCACGCCAACUAAACAUAAUCGUAGAUCUAAUGCAGAUUUUAAGAAGCAAAGUUCCUUAGACAAAUCAGAGAGGAACAGUGACACCAGCGUAUCAAAUUUGUCGAGUAGAGAGUGCGCAGAAGAUACGAAUAGUCCUAAAAUUCAGUUGUCUCGCGUAGAUGAAAAGCAGUGUAGUAAAAAAGAAAGUAUCACAAAACAUCGCGAUUCAAAUGUCAAAACGAAGUCUUCCACGCCGGAUAAGCUCUUGAUGGUCUACAAAGAGAUCGAGGAGAUGCACAAGAAGCAGAUGAUGGAGCUGAUAUAUCGUCAGCAGAAAGAGCAAUCGCUGCUGCAAGCGGAAUUCCAGAAGCAACAGAUGCUCUUGUUGGCCGAGAUACGAAAGUGUGCCUCCGGAAGUCCGCGUCAAGCGAACGCAUCGAACGCUACCUCGAAUCGAUCGUUGUCGAGCAACGAGGCAAGGCAGCAGUCGAACAUAAAUUCUCCCGGCAAUAUACCGAUGGAAGCGCAUCGUAAUGUUAAAUUACCGUUGGCGAAUCGAGUGAUCGUAUGUCCGUUGGAUUACCUCUCUCCGAGAAAUUUAUACCUGCUUAAACAUCAGUCCUUUACCGCGGACAAUUCUCCGGCUCUCGAUUUUGACUUUACGAGAAAAGUGAGUUUAUGCGAUACCGCGUAUAAUAAUAAUAACAACAACAACAAUAUCAAUAAUAACGAUAAUGACGACAGCAGCAGUUGCGAGUCGCGCGAUCUUAUUGUAUGUAGGAAUUCCAACGUGAGUCGGCAGUUAUUUCCCUUAGAUAGCAAUACCACGCAUGUACCGGUGCUGGACACCACGGCAUAUCUUGAUAAACACGUACGGGCGGUGAAUAUCAUCAACGCUUACACACGUGGUUACUUAGUGCGUAGAUUAAUGCGGACCGAGCGCGUUAUCACGUUGAAAAAGAUAUAUAAGGAGGCGUUGCAAUGUAUGCUUAAGUUACACGUUGACGCGCCCUUAAACUCGGCGGAGGUGGAUUUCCUUCAUCGUCUCCAGUUGCAGUGUGAUGCGGCGUCCAUGAAUAUAGUGGAAUUAUUCGCCCAGUCGCCGACGAAAAGAAUGAAAGUAAUCGCGCAGGAUCGCGAAAUCAAGGAGUCUCGAGCGGAACGCCCGACUUCUGCUCGAUCGUACUCGUUCGCUACUCAGAAGACUUUAGCCAGAAAGAAUCUGAAGGAAUUCGAGUCCACAAUGGCGAAGUACCACCGACCGUUGGUCGUCAAAAGGAACCCCGUUAGGUCUAGGUGUCAAACGUGGGCCUCGGAUAUGAGAGACCGACUUAUGUCGCCAAAUCCAUUGCAUCAGGGUAUCAGGAGAAGCACGAGCACGGGAGCCGUACGGAAGCCGUGGCGAUGACGAGACAGAGUGCCUUACGACGUUGAUUAAGCGACACCGUCAAUUUCACUGCGAGAAAGCGGAAUGUACACGCGCGGAGUAUGACGGAUUAUAUCAUUUGAAGCGGCUCGCGUUAGCUACUCCUGCCUUCAAGAAGCGCACUAGUGCCUAGUUCUUCUGAUCAAUUUAUUUUAUAUCAAGGUACCAAUCCCUGGACACGUACCUAUGUCUGGACAUUUUUAUCGUUUUAAUCCUUAAAUAAGUCUAUAACGCGAAUUAAAAUCAAAGAGAAUCCAAGA